ACAAAACAACACUUCGCACGUUGUAUCUACCACCACCAUACCUUAAAUUCGCACGUUGUCACUCACUCUUGGAACAGUGUGAGAAAGAAAAUGUUGGCAUCAGCCACCUCCCAAGUACCGUUAAGAGUUCAACCACCGCACUCGACGGAGCCAAUGCCACGCUCACUCACCCUCACACUGUUACCCGCCACCACUCCCUUCUUCUGUCACCGUCAGCGUCACCGUCAGCAUCAUUCCUACGCCGUUAAACCCUUUACUCUUCGCUCCGUCGCUCGCCGUUUAAAACCCGCACUCGUUAGAGCAUGUCACCGAUCACAACAGAUGGGUGGUGAUGGAAACAAAGAGACGAAGGGAUUGAGUUGGGUGGAACCCAUUUUGAAAUUCGCUAGGAGCAAUAUUCUACCCUUGGUUCUGGUUAGUGCAGUGACAUUAGGAUUAGCAUAUCCUAGUCUUGGUUGUGUUGCUGAUAAAUAUAGUGUGUCAAAAAUUGGCCCAUUUGGAAUUUUUGUUAUCUCAGGAUUGAUGUUGCGUAGUGAAGAAAUUGGUGCAGCUGUAGAUGCAUGGCCUGUUGGACUCUUUGGGCUUGUGUCUAUUUUAUUUCUUACACCAUACUUUUCCAGGAUAAUAUUGCAAAUUCAGCUCCAACCCCAGGAAUUUAUUACAGGGCUGGCUAUAUUUAGCUGCAUGCCAACUACAUUGUCAAGUGGUGUUGCUCUUACCCAACUUGCUGGGGGAAAUUCUGCACUUGCUCUUGCAAUGACUGUAAUAUCUAACAUGUUAGGAAUAUUGAUUAUUCCACUUUCAAUCACAAAAUUUGUAGCAGCUGGAGUGGGAGUGGCUCUACCUACCAAACAGUUAUUUAAAAGUCUUGUUCUAACCAUAUUAAUCCCCCUUAUUUUGGGAAAGGUUUUACGUGAAUCUUUUAAAGGUGUUGCUGACUUUGUAGACAAAAACCGCAAGCUUUUCUCAGUCAUCAGUGCACUUUUCCUUAGCCUAGUACCUUGGAUACAAGUGAGUAGGUCAAGGCCACUUUUGUUAAUGGUGAAGCCCAAAGUUUUUCUUGUAGCUAUUGGACUGGGAACACUUCUUCAUCUGUCAUUAUUGGUAUUCAAUAUCAUUGCUGUUUGGAGUCUUUCGGUUAUCUCUGGUGGUAGAAAAUCAAUUUUUUCCCGGGAAGAAAAUGCCAGUGCACUCGUACUUGUUGCAAGCCAGAACUCGAUUUCAUUCCUUUCAGAAAACAUUACCAGUAAUGGUAGCAGUAAUAGAGCCACUUCAAGGUGCAUUUGGAGAAUCCGGGUUACUGGUUCUUCCUUGUGUUGCAGCACAUCUCAACCAGAUUAUUGUUGACUCGUUUAUCGUUAACUUCUUGCGUCCCCGAGACAAUUCCAACAAUGUGAAGAUGGCUUGAGUAGAGGAAAUGGUGAUCAUCAUCGAUGGUUGUGGCAUAUCAUGAGGCACUUCAAGCUGCGUCAUUGGAAAUGUUGAUAUAAAGGAUGUUUAAAAAUCUUGGUUUCAUUUCCCAUUGUAUUACCCAAAGUAUAAUAUGCUUGUGUACAAUGUUCAGUCUGGCAGUUUGCUUAGCCAUAUAGCUUUACAUCUUCAUGUUGUUGUUUGAUGAUUAUACUUAUUUUAAUUUUAGUGAGCAAAAGGAGGUCUUUCACGGUAAGAAUUAAAUUAAAA